GAGCGGAAAUGAAUCACACUUCUAGUGAAAACUUCACAACGGACACUACAGAAGCAUUGCUCAACGAUACAUACGUCGAUCAAACAAUGAGUUCUUCGAAUCACUGCAUCGACAUCCGUGCAUACUUGUGGCAGACAAAGCAUGACCUGACGCUCCACCCGAUUCCCAUCGCGAUUCUUGCAACCAUCUACACUAUAAUUGUCGUAGUUGGCGUAACCGGCAAUUUGUUAGUAGUGAUGUCGGUGAUGAGGUUCAAAGUUCUUCAAUCAGUCAGGAACAUGUUCAUCGUAUCUUUGUCAGUUUCUGACAUUUUUGUGGCGAUUGUUAGUGGUUCAGUAACGCCGAUAACCGCAUUCUCUAAAGUUUGGUUAUUUGGUGGACCAUUGUGUCAUUUACUACCUUUGUUACAGGGUACCGCGUUGAGUUUUUCCACGUUAACGCUCACCGCAAUUGCAAUUGACAGAUAUAUUCUCAUCUGUCAUCCGACGAAAGAACCGAUACGCAAAGAUCAAGCAUUGAAAAUGAUAAGUUUCAACAGCGCCAUCUCAGUUGGGCUUUCGGUACCAUUAUUCAUGAAACAGGAACUUAUGCAAUUCCGAAACUAUUGCGGAGAAUAUUGCUCAGAAAACUGGGGACCAGAUGCUUAUUUGAGAAGCGUUUAUGGAACAGUGGUGUUCAUUAUUCAAUUCGUGUUUCCAUUGAUCACCAUCACAUUUUGCUAUGCAUCUAUUUCUAUCAAACUACGACGUGGUGUCUUUGUGAGAGGAAGCCAAAAAGAGCUGAUGUCUGAGGCACGUCGUCAAUUGACGCAACGUCGACUUCGCACAAAUCGGAUGCUUAUUAUCAUGACAGUCACAUUCGCUCUCUCAUGGCUGCCAUCUGUUGGCUUCAACUUUCUCCGGGAUUACUCAGCGCUUCCCGGCAUUAUUGAUUCACAAGAUUACCUAUUCGGAAUUAUUUUCCAUUGCAUUUCAAUGACAUCGGUGAUUGUGAAUCCCUUCCUUUACGGUUACUGUAAUGAACACUUUCGUGCUGCAUUUGCGGCUCUUCUUGACACGGUGAAGGCAGCUUGUGGAAUGAGACGAGUGAGUCCGGGCAAUCCAGCGUGCUCCCAGCUACUCAGUACUCACUUUGAAAGCACCACAAGACGAUCCGUGACUACCACGAUUCCAAGUUCAAUUUAAUCGGGAAAAACUUAUAAAAUGUGCCGAGUUUCUAAUAUUUCUGAUUUUACUUGUACAUCGAACAAAUAUGUUUGUUAAGCUCUAAGCUACAGUAGUAUGUGAUUUCUAGAAUAGCCGUAUUCUCUAUUGAUAUACUUUAAAGUCACAUUUAAAAUAUUGAAGUAAAGUGUACAUCAUAGAGAACACUGAAAAUUACGUGUUUUUCAUAAUUCUCUUUUUUUAUUGCUUUUCUAUGUCCCAAUCUAGAUUACGGAAUUUUGAUACUGCUUUAUGUGUAAUUGUGAUUGCUUUAGAACAACAACUUACAUGGUAACUUAUAAUAUUGAAUCAAAAAGAACAAAUUUCGUGCAAGAAACGCAAAAAAGAAAAGCGUUCAUAAUGUGUGAGUGCUGGGCAUUUGUGUAACUCAUCGUCGUUUUUGUCCAGUACUUUAUAUAUAUAUAUAUAUAUUGUCAUUGAAAUAAAUAAACUCUUGAAGCAAAUUUGA